ACUCUCAUGAGCAGCGCAGAGUGAAUGCGUACAAAAUGGCGAACUUUCUGAGGUGAGUUCACAGUGGAGAUUACUUCAAGAAAUGGCUGUUACAGAACGUUGGGUUAAUGACCAGCUUUACGACAUUCUUGGCAUCUCAGACAAGUACAUUGGUCAGUUCUUCAUCGGGCUAGCAACUAAGUCUACCUGCCCGGAAGAUUUCAUCCAAAAGUUGAGAGACACCGAUACCGUUGAAGUUGAUACAAAUUUAAUUGCGUUUGCCAAGGAUCUUUUCCACAAGGUGCCUCACAAGGAGAAGCAACAAAAACAGCUAACAGUAGAGCAGCAGCAGGCCAUAGAAUUAGAUCAGAAAAACAAAGCAUUUCAGCUUUUAGAUGAUGAUGAUGAUGACGACGAUGGUGGCGGAAAUUCUUCCCAACCACCAGUUAAGAAACAGAAACUUGAGAAGAAGAGGCGGAACAUACGCCGGAAGCAGGAGAGCUCAGAGAGCAGUAGUGAUUCUGAGAGCCCAAAAGCAGGGCCAUCAAAAUCCGAUUCCACUUCUGAGUCUGAGGAUGAGAUGGACCAAGAAGAACAAUUACGGCUGUCUGACCUAAAGGAGAGGGAUGAAUUUGCCAAGCGACUAAAAGAUAAGGACAAAGAAAAAACACGUAGCAUUGUCUCAAAAUCUGAGUCCAAAGCAUAUGAAGAGGCAAAACGCCGGCUUCAAAUGGAGACAGAAGAUCGUCGGCGUGUAGUUCCAGAGCUGAGAAAGAAGUCGCGUCGAGAGUAUCUGAAAAUGCGUGGGGUGAACAAACUGGAUGAUCUCGAGGCAGAAGUUGAAGAUGAGAAAUACUUGUUUGGGGAUAUGAAAUUGACAGAAAAAGAGAAAAAGACUGUGGAAUACAAGCAGACAGUUCUUAAGUUGGCCAAAGAACACAAAGCAGCCAAAGAAAUAGAACGCGUCAACCGCUACUUCCUGCCAGAAGAGGAUAUGAAGCCACAAGAGAAGUAUGUUGAAGAUGCCACAGAAAAAGGACCAAAUUAUGAACAGCGUCGUUGGGAAGAAGAACAUUUGCAUGCAGCCAUGAUGAAGUUUGGUGCAAGGGAUGCCAGUGAGAAAAGCAAACAAUCUAGUAAAAAGUAUGAAGUUAUCAUGGAUGAUGAGAUUGAGUUUGUGCAGGCUCUUAAGCUUCCAGGCACCGGGAAAAAUGUAGAUAAAGACACCAAACAUAAGACGGAAGACUCUUCCUUGAGACUUGAUGAGAUGAGUGACAUAGAACGAAAAAGACAUAUGAUUAAAGAAACAAAACGGAGCUUACCAAUCUAUCCAUUCAAGAAAGAUUUGAUUAAUGCCAUUCGUGAGCACCAGGUUUUGAUUAUCGAAGGAGAGACGGGUUCCGGCAAGACAACCCAGAUACCCCAGUAUCUUCAUGAGGCUGGCUUUAACAAGGAUGGGAAGAAAGUUGGAUGCACUCAGCCCCGUCGAGUUGCAGCAAUGUCGGUGGCAGCACGUGUAGCAGAAGAGAUGGGCUGGAAACUAGGAAAUCAAGUUGGCUACAGCAUUAGGUUUGAGGACUGUACAUCAGAAAGAACCAUCAUCAAGUACAUGACGGAUGGCAUGCUAUUGCGUGAGUUUUUAGGUGAACCGGAUCUUGCCAGUUACAGUGUCCUUAUUGUGGACGAAGCUCAUGAGCGCACGUUGCAUACAGACAUUCUUUUUGGGCUGGUGAAAGAUAUUGCUCGAUUUCGACCUGACCUCAAACUGCUUAUAUCCAGUGCCACUCUUGAUGCACAGAAGUUUUCUGAGUUCUUUGAUGAUGCUCCCAUUUUUCGAAUUCCUGGUCGCAGGUUUCCUGUUGAUAUUUACUACACAAAGGCUCCAGAAGCAGAUUAUUUGGAUGCUGCAGUAGUGUCUGUGCUACAGAUUCAUGUUACUCAGCCACCUGGUGACAUCCUCGUCUUCCUGACAGGACAGGAGGAGAUCGAGACUGCCAACGAGAUGUUGUUGGAACGGACUCGAAAGCUGGGUGGAAAAAUCAAAGAACUCAUCAUUCUACCUAUCUAUUCUACUUUGCCAUCUGAUAUGCAGGCAAAGAUUUUUGAGCCUACUCCACCAGGUGCACGAAAGGUUGUUUUGGCAACCAACAUUGCGGAAACGUCUUUGACCAUCGACGGCAUUGUGUAUGUCAUUGAUCCAGGAUUUUCCAAACAAAAGAGCUACAAUGCACGCACUGGCAUGGAGUCUCUUGUUGUCACACCUAUAUCAAAAGCCUCAGCCAAUCAGCGAGCAGGUCGUGCUGGAAGGGUGUCUGCUGGUAAGUGUUUUCGUCUCUACACAGCCUGGGCCUACAAAAAUGAACUGGAAGACAACACAGUGCCAGAGAUUCAGCGGACUAAUCUGGGCAAUGUGGUGCUACUGCUGAAAUCCUUGGGUAUCAACGAUCUACUAAACUUCGACUUUAUGGACCCUCCACCCCAUGAGACUUUGGUUUUGGCUCUAGAGCAGCUCUAUGCCUUGGGUGCCCUGAACCACAUGGGUGAAUUGACCAAGCUGGGUCGCCGUAUGGCAGAGUUCCCAUGUGAACCGAUGAUGUCUAAAAUGAUUCUGGCCUCUGAAAAGUACAAAUGUUCUCAGGAGAUCAUCACCAUUGCAGCAAUGCUGUCUGUCAACAACGCUAUCUUCUACCGGCCCAAAGACAAGUUGGUCCAUGCUGACACUGCUCGGCAGAACUUCUUUUGUCCCUCAGGUGAUCACCUGACACUGUUGAAUGUGUACAAUCAUUGGGCCGAAACGGACUUUUCCACACAGUGGUGUUAUGAAAACUUUGUGCAGCAUCGAUCUAUGAAGCGUGCCAGGGACGUCAGGGACCAGUUGGAAGGCCUGCUAGAGAGAGUUGAGAUUCCACUCACAUCUAAUGAAGGAGACACCAUCAGCAUCAGGAAGGCAAUCACAGCUGGUUACUUUUACCACACUGCACGACUCAGUAAAAGUGGCCAGUAUAAAACAGUCAAACAUCAGCAGACAGUCUUGAUUCAUCCCAACUCCAGUCUCUUUGAGCAGCACCCCCGGUGGCUUGUGUACUACGAGCUAGUUUUCACCACAAAAGAAUUUAUGCGUCAGACAAUAGAAAUUGAGAACCAGUGGCUGUUGGAGGUUGCACCCCACUACUAUCGAGCUAAAGAACUGGAAGAUGGCUCUGGCAAAAAGCUACCAAAAGCUGUGGGGAAAUCUAAAGAUGAUUUGGUGCGCAAGUACUGAAAAAUAUUGUCAUGGAGAUACUUUGACCAAAUUUCAUGUGUGAUUUUAAGAAUGUGUGGAAGUGGCGUGAAUGAAUAUCAAUUAAAAAAAUUCUGAAAUUAUUAAUUCUGAAUGAUUUUUAAUAUAUAUAUAAUGUCCAAAUGUGAACAUAUACAAGUCAAAAUGUUACUGCCAUUCAACACAUAAAAAACAGCAUUAAAAACUAGACUGCAUGCAAUUCUUGCUUACAUGACAUCAGAGCUUCAUAAAGAACUGGCCAACAUAUAAUCACAGCUUUCAUAAAAUGCACAGCUGUUUAGGCCAAAGGUGGUAACAAGAAUCUGGAGGGCAGCCAAGAAUACCCAAGUGGAGAGAGGUUAACAAAUAGGCUUCUGGGUCACAGACCUAAACCAAACAAUUCUGCUUAAAACAAAGCACUGCUCACAUUGUGAACCACAGGCUAAUGAUGCUCCCCAGGUGCUUCAGCUUAAAAUAAAUGCCCCUGCUGAUUUUAGUGCUGCUGCCAUUAUCACGUUUGCCUUCCCAGCAUGCACUGCAACUUUCUGCAUAUAAGAAAGUGCUACUUCCAAUUAUAUGAAAAAAAAUAAAGCUCCCCAGAAGCCACAGAAAAAUCCACAUUCGAAUUGCUUCAAUAAUAUGUGACAUCACAUCUUACUUGGAAAAAUGUCAACUCUGAUUCAGAGAAAGAAACCAAAUUCCAUCAGAAAUCAAGCAGAAGCAGUCAUUCUAUUUCUGCUCCACAGAAUAACUGUUAAAAAUUUAUGCUGAAUAUGUGUCAUCCUGCAAAAUAACCAUGCUACAAAAUUUGCAGCAAGCUACAUAUUUUCUCAUUGGACAAAAUAGCCUAUCUGUCGAGGUCUUUUUCAAUUAUUUAAAAUUCUGAGAACAGCACUCAGGUAUUGACUUUGUACAACAUCAAAAUUGUUCAACUUGCCAGCUUCCAGCAAUCGAAUCCAAUUUUAGAUGGAAUAUUAUCUAGUUGACUUGUCACAACAUGAGCGGAAGAACAUGACUUGUCUAAUUCU